GUUAACCCGGUUGCCGUGGUUACGGACUGUUUCCGGAUGCGGUCCGUGCCAAACAUGGCAGUGCGGUGCUGGGAAGAUCUCCUCAAGUCCUCAAAGAAGACUGCUUUGGUGCACGAUGGGAAAAGGAAGAUCCACUACCUGUUUGAAGACGGGAAGGAGAUGGCGGAGGAGUACGACCUGACGACAGACGACCUGCUGGUGAGGAAGUGGCGUUCCAGGAACCCGCUGGGCGCCCCGGGCUCCUGGGAGGCGGAGGUCGGGGAGCCGUUCUCCGCUCUGGCGUCGGCGGACUCGGAGAUGAUCAAGGAGAACCUUUCCAACCCGGUCUUCCUGCGUCAAGACACCAAGACCACAUUUCAGUGGAGGAUCCGGAACCUUCCGUACCCCAAGGAGGUGUUCAGCGUGGAGGUGGAGCCCGCAGACCGAUGCUGCGUCGUUAGAACCUCCAACAAGAAGUACUACAAGAAGUUUGUUGUUCCCGAUCUGGAGCGCUGCCAGCUGACGCUGGACGGCUCCGCCCUGAGCUUCACGCACGCCAACAACACGCUGAUCAUCAGCUACAAGAAACCCAAGGAGGUCCUGACUCUGGAGAGAGACCUUCUGCGGGAGCUGAAGAAGCUGGACUCCACUGGCCAGGGCGAGGGGGACUGUAAAACACAGUGACUGUAACACACAGUGACUGUAACACACAGUGACUGUAAAACACAGUGAGGGCGAUGGUGGAGGCGGUGAAAGGCUUCACACUGCAGACCUGUUCGUUCUAAUUUAAGGCCUUGGGUUAAUUUGGUGCGUUGGUGUUCAAUAUGUUUAAACCAUUACACGUGAUUGACUGGACUUGAGUCGCAGGACUACGGUUUGAUCAAUUCUUUCUGCUGUCUAAAAUGUAUUUUUGAUAAAAAUGAUAAAGACUUUGAAUAUUUCUGGGUUGUGUAGUGUUGUUG